AUGCCAGGGCCAGGAAUGCGGCUUCACGGGCUCCCCGCCGUACACUUUGCGGACCGUGGAGGUGUCUUCCGGCCGCCUUCCGCAAUGACCACUCAAAGGAUCGGGCACGGGUCCUGCAAAAGCAAAAGAAACGAAAAACAAAUGUCAGAAAAACACAACAGACACAACUGCCUGUUUGGGGGAAAUGAGGACCGGACACUUAAUGCGACAGCGUGUCCACCGGAAAAGGGAACUGCAUCGAACCUCUCCGAAGUGGGUUUGAGAAAGGCUGUCACGACGACCUCUGCCGGUGGGACUUCUACUAUGCGUAUGUGUGGGUGUGCAUGUGUUUGUUGUAUUUCGGGCCAAGUAUAA